GUGCAAAGAGAACUGAGCAUCAUGAAGAACCAACGGGCUUUGAUCGUCUCCGCGGCCGCGAUGGCGGUGCUGUGCCUGGCUGUGGCCGAGCCCGUCCCUUAUGGCGGCGGACGGAAAGGCCACGGCGGGUCCGGGUCUGGCUUUGGCAGUGGAGGAGCCGGGGGUGGAGGAAGAGGAGCUGGUGGAUCAGGCUUCGGAAGUGGAGGAAGUGGCUCUAGUUCCGGUGGAUCAGGCUUCGGAAGUGGAGGAAGAGGCUCCAGUUCCGGUGGAUCAGGUUUUGGAAGUGGAGGACUGGGAUCCAGCACUGGUGGAUCAGGUUUUGGAAGUGGAGGGUCAGGCUUAGGGGGUGCCGGUAGUGGGUCUAGUGGAUUUGGAUCAGGCUCUGGGAGUGGAGGAUUAGGUGGAUCAGGAUUGGGUGGCAGCGGAGGCGGUUCUGGACAAGGUUACAGCGGCAGUGGAGGCCUUGGUGGUGGCAGUUUUGGCUCCACUGGUGGACUUGGUGGCAGUGGAGGACUAGGAGGCAGCGGAGGUCUUGGAGGCAGUGGUGGAGUUGGUGGCAGCCAUGGAAGUGGUGGAAGCCUUGGAGGUGGCAGCAGUUUCGGUUCCAGCGGAGGUCUUGGAGGCAGCGGAGGUCUUGGAGGCAGUGGUGGCUUCGGAGGUAGUGGCGGAGUUGGUGGCAGCAGUGGUGGCUUCGGAGGAGGCAGUGGCAGCGGCCUGGGUGGUUCUGCAGGCGGAAGCAAAGGCGGAAGCGGCCACCUUAGCACCAGUUACGGCGUACCUAAUUAGUAGAUGAAACGGGUAACUGACUCAAAAGGGAAUGUUAUUGCUGCUUGUAUGUCGAUGUGCACAUCCACUUAUGUACAUGUGUGAACAUGAGCUAUAAUUUUCUGACAACAAUAAAAUGUUGAUGUGUGA